AUGGCGAAUUUCAUGAAUAGUCUUUCUGUGUUGAUACUAAUGUUCGUAUUAAUCUUCGAGUGCAUGUUAAUUGUACCUGGAGUAGUUUCAACACCAGCUCCAACACAAGAAAUAAUAGACAUUACUAAUCUUCCACCUCAAAGUGUUGAAGUAGCUUAUCUUGAAUCACCAGAUUCAGAAAUAGCUCCUGAUGAGGCUCAACCAGGGUAUUUUGAAUACCUAGAUAAUUGCACAAAACAGAUACCUGAAGAAUGUGGUACAAAUAUAAUUGGUGGGUUGUUUGGAGAUGUUGUUGUUAGUAAAUAUUGUUGCAUAAAUCUUGUAGAAAUGGGUCAAGAUUGCCAUUUUGCAUUGGUGAAAGAAUUUGGUAAGUUGAAGGUUGACAAGAAAGAACCAUAUUAUAAGAAAAUAGAGUAUUUUAAGUAUUUUCUUCCAAAGACUGGACCAGGAGUGUGGAACCAUUGUGUUAAAAUUGUCAAAGGGAUUGAUGUAGCACCUUCUCCAUCUCUUUUCUAA